CCUGCAGCCAAGAUGGCGCAGCCGUCCGGGGCGUGUUGUGAAGCGAAGUGGGUGCGGGGGCAUCUUUCUGGGAGUGUUGAAGCAAACUUGCACGUCACAGUCCGCAGGCAAUCAGAUGGCCGCAUGCCUGUGGUGCCCUGCAAAGACUGCAAGCUUUACCACUGUCCCUACUGCAAGCCGUCUAUCUACAAGCCAAAAGAAGAUUAUGCAAAAGUUUGGACACAUGUAGAAAUCCACAGAAUGAGGGCCUUGCAACAUGGAGAAUUUAAUAUCCAUGUGUGUCAGCUGCCGUGCAGAGCAGAAAGACAUUAUCAUUGUCCAUACUGUCCAAACACACUUAAAUGCCGGAAACAGUUUGAAAGUCAUAUGGACAAAUGUUUGGAGGCGCAAAAAACAUCAGCGGCAGCAGCAGCCAAAGGUACACUGUCUGACGCUCCACCUGGUACGUCGGAUCAGCUCCCUACCACAGUCGGACAGGGCACCUUCCUCCUGCUCAAUGUCACUGCCCCUUUUCCGCAAACUAUCAUGAUGGGAUCCCUUGCUCCACUUGAGCCCUCUGCUCAGCCCAAAUCCACAGAAAAUCCAGCUGUUGAAAUUAAACACCCAUCAGGCCAGUGUCCUGCUACAUCCGAUACCCCUGCUCAGCCGAAAUCCACAGCAGACCCCCCUGCUGAACCAAAAUGCACAUCAAAUCAGUGUCUUGCCUCAUUAGAUGGCCUUGAUGAACCCACAACUACAGCUCCUGCAGCUCCACCUGACCUGCCUGUCUCUACUUUAACAGAAAACCCUGUGAAGCAAACAGGUCAAAUCUCCCAAAGAGCAACGAGAAGAAUAAAAUGUCCAAUGUGCAACCUCUACUUACAUAAAAAGAAUCUAAGAAAACAUAAACUCAGGAAACACUUCAAUCAGACAAUGUCUGAGAAGGACAUAACAGUCAAAGACCAUCUUAGAAGUCAGUGUAUUGACUCUCAUAACGGUGUGUAUGCUGUUGCAAAGUCUUACAAGGCCACUGCCGUACCAAUUCAUGUCAUUAAAAAGAGAUCCGACAGCACACACAAAAUGGUGUGUGGAGAGGAUCGUUGUGAGGCUGUUUCAGAUUUUCGGAGGAGGAGCGGCUUGCCUAAUAGCCAGUGCUCUCAUUUACAAUCUGUUGAUUUUUGUUUCACUCGUGCAAAAAAAGAAGACUUGAAACCUUGUCUGUUGGAGAACCUGAUUUCCAGUAAAUGGAUCGGAAAGGACAUGGGGGCCAAGUGCCUGAAGCAUCAGGAAAAAGCCACUCAGAACAGAGCCCCGCUUGUGACUCUUGUGGAUCUCGGUGGAAGUCAUUGCUUAUUUUUGUCAGUAUUUGCGCCAGAGGUGUUGCAGCACAAGGUGGGAAGACUAUUUGUGACAUACACUAUGAAGAGAGGACUGUGGCAUUGCGAGUGUUCUCAAGGGAGAAUUUCCUGCUUGCACAAAAGCCUAGCCAAAUGGUAUCUCUUCCAAACCAACAAAGAGCUAUUCACCUCAGAUGCCAAAGGAGAUGCGAAGCUAUGCUUUCCUGAAUUCAUGGAAGAUGUACCUGAAGAAACCACAGAAGUUUCAUCUGGAACUUUGUAUCCACUAAGAGAAGAGAGACUAAAAGAAAUGGCAAAGUACAUUUACGACCAAAAAAAAUUGCCCCCCAAGUUUCCAGAAGACAUCCCCCUUUGUGAGUCUGAACUAGACUUCCCAAAGCAUUUGGUGCCAGCUCAAACAGUCUGCCCAGAGUGCCCAGGAGGUGUUUAUUUAACAGAGCCGGUGCUGAUCACCAACAAAGCGAGAGUCAUUACUUUAACAGGAGCGAUGGAAGAUAAUUCAACGUUUUUCAAACAGUGUCCAGAUUGUGAAAUGGUCUACCAUUACCAGGAGUGGAGUGAAGGUCUUCACAAUUACAAUAACCACAUAAUACUGAGUCUGCAACUGUGCAUGCUUCUGCAAAAUUUAAUCAAGAAUCACUCUGCUGUUGAUGGAGUGGUGGAGGUGCUGGAGCGGACAGUAGGUGUCAAGUCUCCACUUGCCAUGGAGGUGCUUCAGGGAUACCUCCACUUUGAGGCUCUUACAAAUCAUGACUGUCUCUCUGUAGUCAUGAUGGAUCUUUAUCAAAAGGGGGUUUUCAACAUGGCAGGGUUCGAGAUCACGGGCCUGUCUGAAUCCUGUACUGGAGAAAUAAAUGCAGAGGAAGUUUGGGAUUCAGUGUGCAUGGAGAUAAUAAGAAGCAGCCUGGUUGCUCGAGGCUCAAGCUUUGUUUCCACCUCAGACGUUAACCUCAAAGAAGCUGCUGUGUCUGCAGUCACAGUUUUCCCCAGCCCGGCUGACAGAAAGAAGCUGAGCAAACAAAGAAUAGAGGAGUGUCACAGAGCUGUGAUCAGAUAUCUUGUGAAGGGGCUGCAUCCCCUGUUCACAGUGGAGUCACCAGCGUUUAGAGAGAUGACAAAAAUGCUAAACCCAAAGUACCAGCUGCCUUCCAGAGAUCAGCUCAUAAACACGCUGAUGCCGUCAUGGUACUCUGCGGAGAAGAAACGCAUCAUCAAAGAGCUGCUUCAGGUGUCUCAGGCUGCAGUGACGUGUGACUGGUGGACAAGUUCUGUCCACGACCACUACCUGACAGUUACUUUGCACUUCAUAGUGAAAGGCCAAAUGAAGCACAAAGUGCUUCGUACGAAGCCGGUUUACGACGCUCAGACAGACACAGCAGUGGCAGAACAAAUAUGUAAAAUACUGGAGGAGUUUGGUGUCAGAGACAAAGUCGUUGUAGUGACGCUGGAUAAUUCAUCCAGCAUGGACAUUGCCAUCAAGAAAUCACAGCUUAGAAAGCUGAGAUGUUUUGCCCAAGUAUUAAAUGUUGCUGCACAGAAGGUGUACACCAGCAUCGCUGUGACCAGGUGGGCGUCAAGAAUAAGAGCUGUUGUUGUGUGGAUCCAAAGGUCUUCCACAGCUCAAAAAAUUCUUCAGGAGAAACAGCAGCUCUUGAAUCUACCACAACACUCUCUAGUGCUCGAUGUCCGAAGAAAUUGGAGCUCAUUCUACCUCAUGAUGGAGAGGUUUGCGGAGCAGUAUGCUGCCAUACAGGCCACCACCACAGAUCCUCAGAUCACACAGUCUGAUGAGUGGAAAAGGCUGGAAAUGUUCUCAGACGAUGAUCACCAAAAAGCAGAGGAGUUUAUGAGGAUCAUGAAGCCUAUGUAUACGUCUUCGCUCUGCGUCUCAGCUGACAAGAGUCCAACUUGUAGUCAGAUAUUUCCCAUCCUGAAAAAACUGACGGCCCACUUUGAAACCCAGGAUGACGACUCUCUGUUCACAGUCACGCUCAAAGAAAAAGCCUGGAGCGACCUGUCUACAUGUUACAGGAAUGAUGAUACUUGGAAGUUCCUACAGGAGGCGAGCGCCAUGGAUCCAAGGUUCAAGACCAGAAUUGACUCUGAUGAGAUUUGGUACAGAGUGCAAAAUGCUGCAGUUAGGGUUACAACCACAACAGAGGUGUCAACUCAGGAGGAACACAGACUUUGGAUGGAGGACAAUAAUGCUGAUGAUGUAUCUGAGCAAAAUUCAGAUGAGACUCUGUAUCCCAAAAGGCUGAGAUUAACCAGCCUGGAGGAACUUUUCGAAGAUGAGGACAGAGCCCUGAAGAACAUUACAGCAGCACAAAAGGCACCACUAGCUGAAAGAGUUCAGCAAGAAAUACAGCUGUACAGAAGCCUGCCUGCAGUGCCCACAUCAGAGGACGCUCUGGCCUGGUGGUGGAGGAGACGGGACUCGCUGCCGCUCCUGUUUCAACUCUCCAACAUGUACCUCUGUAUCCAAGCAUCAUCGACUCCCCAUGAGAGAGUUUUUUCCGUAACAGGGGACACUAUCAGCCAAGAGAGGUCACAUAUUCUGCCAGAACACGCGGAUAUGCAGAUUUUUCUUCAGAAAAAUUGUUAAAUUGUAAAAUGUAGCAAUGCCAGAAUCCUGUAACUUAUGUGUUCAUCAUUUUCUAUGCUGUUAGGUUAAUAUUAUGUUUGAUAUUAUUUAAUAUCAACAAGGAGUAAGACCAUUUUCU